CUUUGUGAUGAACUUACCCUUGUUGAUUGCCAAGUAUAUUCCCAAACCAUGCCUCUCACCUACUGAGUUUUUUUAUGCUAUUAUAUCUGCCACAGAUUCUUCAACCUAUUAUAUUGUAUGUCAGUGGGUUCUGUAUUUUACUUUUUCACUUAAUUUCUCUUGUUGCUAGGUGGCUGUCAACAUUUUUAGGAACUUGUCACUUAAAGCACAAGUUCUUUGGCUAAUUGUCCAAUUGUGACAGUACUUAUUGAAUUGUCUUUGGCCAUCUUCAUGUACGUGCAUAAAUAUUAAAGACAUUGUUGCAUACAAACACACACAUAGGACAAAGCCUUUAUGCUUUGAACGUUGAGAUGGUUCUGGUUGCAGUUAUUAGUGUUGAACUGAUUGGUGAUGGUGGAAAUGUGUUAGUAAAACUAGAAUACUAGAUGAAGUUCAUCUAUUUUUUAAUCCUUUUAAUUUUAAUUAUUGGUGGUUCUGAUAAUUAAUUACUAAGGAUAGCUUUGAUUGUGAAGCAAUGCUUGAUUGAUUGCUUCAACUCUUUUGUAUGUUUUGUCAUAUAUCCUUGUCAAUGUUUUAAUGGUAAACUUGGCCCAUGACCAUGUGCAGCAUCCUUUGGUUCUAAGGUUUUGUGAUAUAUCCUUGUCAUAUUUUGGUUUCAUUUUAUUUUUCAGGUGAUGAUGGACCAGCUUCAAAUGAAAUGCUUUAUUGGAGCUCUGUGGCUAUGCUAAUGGUCUCAGUGUUUACUAUAGAAGAUUCAAUUAUUUUGAUUUUGUUUGUCUUCUAAGUGAAACAUUUGAACUAUUAUUCAAUCGUAUUCAGUUAUUAUACUAUUGACCAUUGGACUCUUGCUUGUCAAAGAAAUGACUUUCAUUUACAUUUUUGGAGGUUCAGAAAUCAGCAUAUGCAUUCUCUGAAUUGCCUAAUAAAGCAUGGAUUUGAUC